CCGCUCGCGCUCGCCAUGGCGCGCGAGCGAACGACCGACGCCUCGACGCCCGCGCGCGCCGCCGACGCGAGCAGACUUCUCGCGCUGUUCGACCUGUCCAACGUCUCGCCGAUAUGCGUCUCGCGUGCGUCGUGGCUCCGCGCGGCGUCGAGCGCGACGGGAAAAGUCGUUCCCCCGGUGGAAGACGAAACGUUUCCGUUCGACGCGAGCCCGACGGCGGCGGUGUUCGCGCCGACGCGCGGUCGACGCGCGAAGGACGACGACGCGCGCGUCGCGAGAGCGCCGGUGAAGGCGGCGGCGGUGGUGAAGAGUCAGGACGCGGGACGCGCGCGGACGACGGUGCCGACGGUGACGGCGACGCGGGCGAACGACGACGACGACGACGACGGUGGGGCGAUCGACGGCGUGAUUUACGAAGAGGAUAGAAACGCGUUAUUCGAGGCGCAGCUGCGGCGCGCGAUGGCGGCGGAGGCGGCGGGAGUGGACGUCGGGCGGAUGCUCGCGGCCAAGGGCGGUUUGGCGAAUUCGCCGCCAAAGGCGAGCGGAGGCGACGACGACGCGGAGGCGAAUUCGGAAGGCGACGGCGAGGCGAAGGUUGAGGACGAUUUGAGCGCACGAGACGACGUCGCGAUGGACGUCGACGCGCCUGUGGAGUUCGUGAACAGUCCCGUGAACAGUCCCGCGGUGGAGGCGUCGCCGCCGGCGAGCGCCGCCGAGGACGAUGCGUUUGAGCGCAUGUUAUCCGCCGCGCUCAAGGAAACGCGCGGCGCGUCGACGCCGAUCGAGAAGCAACCGCUCGAUCGCGCGGUGCCGAAGCGCGAGUUCAAGCCGAAAUUAGAAGUCAAGUCACCGGAAAAGUACGAACCCGCGGCGAAACCGACGCCGUCGACGAGUGCGCUCGAUUUCGAAGCCAAACUCGAAGCCGCGAUGCGCGCGGCGGAGGCUGGAGGCGAUCUAACCGCCAUCCUCAGCGGUCCUUCGUCGAAAACCGCAAACUCGCCGGUGGGUACGACGAGUGCGGAAGCGCGCGUGAACUAUCGCGAGCUCGGGUUCACGAAGGCAGAGCGGCGACAUCACUCGUUGCACGUCGAGACGGAGGAGGCGGCGAGUGAGCGAAAAACGUGAUGUUUCUUCGUCUAACGAAUCGUCUAAACUAAAGGCGUGCGCGAAACCGUAGCGUAGGAAGGAGUAAAAGUACACGGCGCACGCACCAACGCUCACGCGCCCAUGGUG